GCCACGUCGGGCACUGGGGAGCCUACCGCACCACCCUCUGCAGAGCAGCAUCCGAGGUGCCCCAGCCCUCCUCAGUCGGCCCGUCCUCAUUCAGGAUAGGUUGAUACUUGAGGCCACAUUAAUCCCCUCUCUCACUUCGGUGAUGUGUCCACAAUCCGUCUCCACUGUCCUACGGACAGUAACGACAGUGAGUUCCUGGAAUGACUCAAGCCAAGUUCCUGGAGUGUGGAGAGGCUCCGGGAAUCAGGGAUUGGACUGGAUUGUCUCCCGGUUUUCCACACUUGUGGCAAAACAAGCUUCAAGAAAGAACAUUGGCAUUCCUGUUAGUUGUGGCCCAGUCCUCAUCACCUGGAAAUGGCAAACAAGGGGAACAAGAAGCGUCGGCAGUUCUCCCUGGAGGAGAAAAUGAAAGUUGUACAAGCUGUUGACUCAGGCAAAAGAAAAGGUGAUGUGGCAAAAGAAUUUGGUAUCACUCCUUCUACAUUAUCUACAUUCUUAAAGGAUAGAGCCAAAUUUGAAGAAAAAGUGCGAAAAGCAUCUGUGGGGCCCCAAAGGAAAAGGAUGAGAAAUGCUCUCUAUGAUGACAUCGAUAAGGCUGUUUUUGCUUGGUUUCAAGAAAUCCAUGCCAAAAACAUUCUCGUGACUGGUUCUGUGAUUCGGAAAAAAGCACUAAACUUGGCCAACAUGCUUGGCUAUGACAAUUUUCAAGCAAGUGUGGGUUGGCUGAACAGAUUUAGAGAUCGCCAUGGAAUUGCUUUGAACGCUGUCUGUAGAGAGGAUGGUGACAGGUUAAUGAAUGGUCUAGGAAUAGAUAAAGUUAACGAGUGGCAUGCAGGGGAAAUUAUAAAGCUAAUUGCUGACUACAGCCCAGAUGAUAUAUUCAAUGCUGAUGAGGCAGGAGUGUUUUUCCAGUUGCUUCCCCAGCACACACUUGCUGCUAAAGGGGACCAUUGUAGAGGGGGCAAGAAAGCAAAGCAGCGGUUGACAGCACUCUUUUGUUGCAAUGCCUCAGGGACUGAAAAAAUGAGACCAUUGAUUGUUGGUAGGUCACCCAGCCCACACUGCUUCAAGAAUGUCCAUUCCCUGCCUUGUGAUUACCGAGCCAACCAGUGGGCAUUGAUGACGCAGGACCUGUUUAAUGAGUGGCUGAUGCAAGUGGAUGCCAGGAUGAAGAGGGCAGAACGCCGGAUCCUCCUGCUUAUUGACAACUGUUCUGCUCACAACAUGCUUCCACGCUUAGAAAGGAUUCAGGUGGGAUAUCUGCCCUCAAAUUGUACUGCUGUCCUGCAGCCACUGAAUCUUGGCAUAAUUCACACCAUGAAAAUGCUAUAUAGGAGUCAUCUUCUAAAACAGAUCCUCUUCAAGCUCAGUGGCAAUAAAGAUCAAGAAAAAGUGGACAUCAAGCAGGCCAUUGACAUGAUUGCUGCAGCAUGGUGGUCAGUCAAGCAGCCCACAGUGGUGAAAUGUUGGCAGAAAGCGGGCAUCAUCCCUAUGGAAUUUACAGAUUCUGAUGCAGAAAUGGUAGCCAAAGAACCAGACAUUGCUAUUGAAAAGUUGUGGCACUCAGUGGCUGUUGCCACAUGUGUCCCAAAUGAAGUAAAUUUCCAGGACUUUGUCACUGCUGAUGAUAAUCUCAUCAUCUCUCAAGAGCUAGUGGACACAGAGAUCAUCCAGGGUAUGGUGACUGGCAAAAAUACUGCUGAAGCUGGAAGUGAAGAUGAGGAAGAGGAUGUUUCUUUACCAGAGCAGCCAAAAAUCACUAUCACAGAAGCCAUCUCAAGUGUACAGAAACUUAGACAGUUCCUUUCCACUUGUGCAGGGGUUCCUGAUGCUAUUUUUGGGCAACUAAAUGGAAUAGAUGAAUAUUUAAUGAAAAAAGUGACACAAAGUCUUACUGAUUCCCAAAUUACAGAUUUUCUCCAAGCAAAAUAAUGUAGGAAUUAACUGCCUCUUUUACUUUGGAAAAUAUUUUUCAAGAAUAAAGAUUUCUUUAGAUAGAAUAUUGAACUAAUUUAAGUAAAGCAAUAUUAUUAUGAUAAUUUUUCAGUACUCAGAGAUAAUAAGGAAACUUGAACAGAAUUUGGGAAUGAAAUUUGACUAAUAUGUGUGUUCCCUUUUGGUUAAUACAUUGGUUUUCAAAUUUUGCUGCACCUUAGGAGCACUUGAGGAUCUUCUAAUAAUUCCAAAGCCCAAGCCAUAUCCCAGAGGAGUUAAAUCACAGUCUCUGUUGAUGGGUCACAGGCAUUUAGUAGUUUUGAAUUUCCCCAGAUGAUUCCAAUGUACAGACAAGUUUGGAACUACUGAAAUAACCACAGGAAAAUCAAGUGCAUUAUGGACACAGAGUCAACUACUUCCCAACAAGUCUAGAUCAGUGGUUUCUAGAGUUUAGCUCACAUCAGAAUCACUUCUACUCUCAAAAUUUUGGAUUCAGUAGGUCUCAGAGGGAACCCAAGAACUUGCAUUUCUAGUAAGUCCUCACCUGAUGAUCCAAGGUCCAUACUUAAAGAACCACUGACAUAGCUGGAUUCUAGUACCUCCUCUUCAGAUGGCCUUCUCAAUACUCUCCAUUGCUGUAUAAAAAGAAAAGUGUCAGCUGUUCUUACUCCAAGGCUGUUUAGCUCCUUCUUUUCUGCUGAUUUGUUAACUCUAGAACUUUCUUAGCUAUCCUCUUGAUGCCCCAAAAGUUAUCCAGGUUUUCAGUAGAGGUACAUAUGUUUGUGCCCAAGGAAUUAACAGGAGCCAUCUAGCUCAUUAAAAUAUCCAUAGUGCUUUAAACAUAUAAUUAUUAGGAAGCUGGAGUAUAGGGAAAUAAAGAGCAUAAAAGGGACAUGGAUAUGCUCUGAGACAGAAGGUAUAAUAAAGAGAAUCCUGUUAAUCAGGAUCAUGUGCCUCUCACUUUCUAGACAGGAUGAAAGGGGAGUUUGUUAGAUAACUCCUAUGGGGGUGUUUGGAUCACACCCUGAUUUGGAUUUUUUUCACUGUUCUUUUUUUUUUUUUUUUGUAGUUGUAGAUGGGCAGAAUGCCUUUAUUUUGUUUGUUUAUUUUUAUGUGGUACUGAGGAUCAAACCUAGUGCCUCAUGCAUGCUAGGCAAGCCCUCUACCACUGAGCUACAGCCCCAGUCCCUCACUCUUCUCAAUCCAGUCUGUACCGUAUAAUCAAAAUGAAGGCACAUUACGUUUUCCCUCUACUAAAAUUGUUCCAUAAAUUGCCUUUUUCCAUUUGUGCUUGUUCUUCAGAGAAAUCAAAGUUUAUUCUGAGUUAUUUAAAAUUACAUGAAUUUAUAAUCAGAUUUAUAUUAAAGUUUCUUCCCUAUAGAGAAGGCAUUCUUUUUUCUUCUUUGCAGGACUAGGGAUCAAACCUAGGGCUUGUCAGGCAAGUGCUCUACCACUGAGCCACAUCCCCAGCCCUAGAGAAGGCAUUCUUAAUAUUCUUUAUAAUUCUAGAAUAUACUCCUGGUAAACCAGACAAAUAAAAUUUCAUUUCUAGAGGGUACACACAGAACCUGUUAAUGUUGUGGUGGUGGGUUUUUUUUAAACCUGCCCCCACCCUGAAUGAUUUUGUAGAUAUUUCAGAAACCCACAGGAAUUCAUUUUUCUUUCUGCAGUUAAUUGAAACACAUAAAGCAGAUUAAUCAUAGAAAGUAUUGCUUCUACAGUGAACAAAACAACAAUCAUGAAAAAAUAUUUGUUUAUAUAGAUUUUUAAAGCUUAUUUUGGAUAUUUUUCCUUUCAACAAAUUAGUAUGAGAAUUUAAAAGUAUUGUACAUGUUUUAAAUUAACACUUAGAAAAGGGAAACAAUGUCUUCUAGCCAAAUCCUGUGGUUAUAUCUCAUCCUUAGCUCCUUAAUUGCCCUCAUCAUCUUCUUGUAUCAGGAUUACAGACACGUUUCCUAAUCCUUUCCCUCACCUCCUGCAGUCCCUUUCUGCACAUAUUGUUAGGUCUGUUGGCAUCAAGCCAUUUACUUUGCCUAAGUGUUUGUGUUGGCUCUAAAAUGUCUACAAAAAUGAAAGACCAGAUUUUUCAGCUGAGUGUUAUUUCCCUAGGUAGUUGACUGCAAUUUCCAACUUGGUUGUGCAGCACAAUGUGCACCUUGCUGCCUAAACAGGCCUUGUCAUCAUUCAUUUCAUACACAUUGCUGCUUCUAUGCCUUUACUAGAAUGCCUUGCCCUGCUCUCUAUCAAGCUAGGCCAUACACAUUCUCCAAGAACUAACUUGAGCCUAGCGUGGUGGUGUAGGCCUAUAAUGCCAGCUACCCAGAAGGCUAAGCCAAGAGGAUUCCAAAUUCAAGACCAACCUAAGCAAUUUAGCAAGACCCUGUGUCUAGCCACGCAUGGUGCACGCCUGUAAUCCCAGUGACUCAGGAGGCUGAGGUGGGAUCAUAAGUUUGAGGGUAGCCUCAGCAGUUUAGUGAGACCCUAUCUCAAAAAAUAAAAAGCUGAGAAGGGGGCUGGGUUUGUGGCUCAGCAGUAGAGUGCUUGCCUUGCACAUAUGAAGCACUGGGUUUGAUCCUCAGCACCACAUAAAAUGAAAUAAAGGUAUUUUGUCCAUCUGCAACUAAAAAAGCUGGGGAUGUAACUCAGUAGUAAAGUACCCCUCGGUUCAAUUUCCAGAACUACCCCUCCCCCAAAAAAAGACUGUCUCAAAGUACCUUGGGUUCAAUCUGCUGUGCCACAGGGGAAAAGGAAAAAAAGUAGAAUCCUUUUUCUUGAAGACACCAGCACAUAUUCUAUGCUUUUCCCUCAUCCCAUAGUGGUAGAGAUUCAUUGUCUCUACCACUCAGUUAAGCACUUAAAUGUUUUCUCAAUGUUCUGUGACUCUUUGAUUAGACUGUAAGUCCCAUGAGAGCAGAGACCAGUUAGCCUUUAUAAUGGUGCCUAACACGGUGCUAGGUACAUCUUAGGCAUAUCAAUAAACCUUGAAGUAGAAAUCAAUACACAUGUAAUAUGUCAAAGCUACCUUGUUUUUUAAAGCAGCAUUGAUUAUAUAAGAAAAUGGCUUGGGAAAAGGGAGUGAUGUAUUCUAUAUGAAAGGAUUUACAAAAUUUUUCUGUAUCAUCACCUCAAAUACAAUUCCAAUCCAAGUCAUAAUCUGGUUUUUGAUAAUGAAGAAGUCUCUUAUAUGGAGUUAAACCUGUGUCUUUCCACCAAAAAAAAAAAAAAAAAACCACUGCAGGAUUUUAUUUUAUUUUCUCUCCCCUCUAUUUGUACACAGAGAACUUUCUUUAGAAAGGCCUUAUCUAAGUGGAUGCUAAUCCAUAAUGAUGGGGGGCAUGGGAUGAGUGGAGGAACUUUGGGUGUGGCAAAGGAGGGGACAAGGGAGUAGAAAAGAUGGUGGAAUGAGAUGGACAUCAUUAUCCUAAGUACACAUAUGAUUGUAUGAAUGGUGUGGCUCUACUUCAUGUACAAACAGAGAAGCGAAAAAUUGUGCUCGAUUUGUGUACAAUGAAUCAAAGAGCUUUCUACAGUCAUGUUUAACUGAUUAGAACUUAUUUAAAAAGGCCUUAGAUAGAAUAGAUGUUCAGGACAUAUGUGCUUAAACUUUUUUCACAAAAAGGAAAUCUAGCAUUCUUGAUUUACUUAACAUCAUGAUAUAGAUCUAGGAGAUGAAAAUCAUAUCCCAGAGUCCUUUGCAGUCUAAUUUACAUUGGCUAAGGUUUUGAUUCUAGUGGAUAUUAGGGUUUUUGGCUUGGUACUUUGUUUUUUAGAUUAAAAGUGGUUGAUAGUAUCCCUUCUUGGCCUGUUCUCAUUAGACCCUCUGUGGCUUCUCCCUGAAUCUCUGGUCAAGCUAGCUCCAUUUGAGUAACAAUUACAUUUCUGCCCCGGUUGAUUAACCCUCUCCAUAAGCCAGUAUGCAAGAACUCAGUACCUACCUCAAUUGUGUUGUCAUGAGGAUUAAAAGAUGUGUCAGGGGGCUGAGGAUGUGGCUCAAAUGGUAGCGUGCUGGCCUAGCAUGCGUGAGGCACUGUGUUAGUUUCUCAGCACCACAUAAAAACAAAAUAAAGAUAUUGUGUCCACCUAGAACUAAAAAAUAAAUAACAACAAAAAAAGUGUUAAAGACUAAGUGUUCUUUAAAUGCUACCUAUAGUCAUUACUAUCUAUUCCUAUUUGGAACUUAACCAUCAUAUAGAA